AUGAUUGCGGCAGAGAAUUUAGGUUCUUCCAUUUGGUGCAACAUCAGGUUUGAUAGUACCAAGUUCUGCAAGUUCAACAAUCUAUAUUACAUUCCCAAAUUCAAGGGGCACUUUUUCUUUUUAAUUAAUGAGUUUUCUGUAAUAUCUGGAGUUGAUGAUCUAAAAAAAUUAAGCCUGUCAACAGUUCAAAACCACAGUGGAUUAUAUUUGAAACUUAUACUGAUCAAAUCCACUCAUCAUUUACUUAAAGAAAACUUUACUGUAGCAAAUAUGAACUCAUUUAUUUUAAAACGAUUUAAACCAGACAAUAUAAUGCAUGUUAUUCAUGACGACUUGUUACCACUCUUCGUAACAUAUAAAGAGUUGUGCUCAGGAAAUAUUUCAUUGUGUUCAUCAACUUAUCAAUUAUUGUUGAUGGACAGUCCAAACGAUAAUGAACCAUAUUAUGAAUGGUACAAGCACUUUUCUAUCCAUACACCCAUCAUCCUUGGCAAAUUAAAGAACCCAUUGUGUAUUAAAAAAGGAUAUUUCGGUUUGUCCAAUUCAAGCAUUUGGUUUCAAUACGGAUUUAAAACCACUCAAGGGCCAGUCCUAGAAAGUAAUAUAAAUGGCUUCAUCUUGGCAGAAUUCAGUGAUUUUAUCAAGAAGCAGUUCGGGCUGAAAAGAGAAAUAAACUUGGACCAUUCGGAUUUUUUACCAAUAUUAUUAUUUAGUCGAAAACUUAACCGUAAAAUAAUAAAUGAGGCUGCUAUGCAAGAUAGUAUGGAAUACAUUGCCGAGUCAACACUAAAAAAAAACUUUUCAAUAAUAAAUUUGGACUUGUCAACAAAUAACUCCACAAGCAUAAUCAAUUAUCUACACCAGUCUCAGCUUUUAGUCGGUAUGCAUGGAUCGGCCAUGAUUUUAGCCAUAUUCAUGCCGCGAGGAUCCCGUAUCAUAGAACUUUUCCCUUUUGGAAUACAACCUAACUUUGUAUCUCCUUUGCGGGCUCUGUGUCAAAACAAACAUAUCUACUACAAUUAUGAAUCAUGGGUGAACAUGAACGAGUCCAACACUAUAACUCAUCCUGAAUAUCCACCACUGCAUGGAGGAAUUCUCCACCUGGAAAAAACUAAACAGGAAGAAAUAAUAAAAGUUAAAACUGUACCGGCUGUAGAGUGCUGUCAUAAUCCAGUAUAUUUAUUCAGAAUGUUUCAAGAUACAAUAGUCGAUGAAAGCUUCUUCACUAUUAUGAAAUAG